AUGGAUGAUGAUGCAGAAACAUACAAGCUUUGGCGUAUUCGGAAAACUGUAAUGCAGCUAUGCCACGACCGUGGAUACCUUGUAACGCAGGAUGAAUUGGAUCAAACGUUAGAACAGUUCAAAGAGCAAUUUGGAGACAAACCCAGUGAAAAGCGUCCGGCAAGAAGUGAUCUGAUUGUCCUUGUAGCCCAUAAUGAUGACCCAACGGAUCAGAUGUUUGUGUUUUUCCCUGAUGAAGCCAAGAUUGGUAUUAAAACUAUCAAAACAUAUUGUACCAGAAUGCAAGAAGAGAAUAUCCAUAGGGCUAUUGUGGUUGUACAAGCAGGUAUGACACCCUCAGCCAAGCAGUCACUGGUAGACAUGGCCCCCAAGUACAUCCUGGAGCAAUUCCUGGAAUCGGAGCUGCUCAUCAACAUCACGGAGCACGAAUUAGUUCCGGAACACAUUGUACUCACACCUGAUGAGAAGCAAGAGUUGUUGGCGAGAUAUAAAUUGAAAGAGAACAUGCUGAUGAGGAUACAGGCAGGUGAUCCGGUGGCGAGAUACUUUGGGCUCAAGAGAGGACAGGUGGUGAAAAUUAUCAGAUCGUCCGAGACGGCAGGCAGAUACAUUUCUUAUAGAUUAGUUUGUUAACCCUAGAUUAAGUAAUAAAUUCCAUUUCCUAUUUUUAAAUACAA